AAUAGUCAAUCCUUCAUAGUCAAUCCUGGGACAAUGCAUGAUUUGCAUAAAGCAGACAAUACAUAUUCUAUGUAAACUCAGUGACACGUAAAUUUACAUAUACAAGGGACAAGGCCCUCUGCAAGUUGUUGUACAUUACAACUGUACAGCUCAAGUUGGUGUACAAUAUAACUGUACAGCUAAAGUUUAUGAACAUUACAACUGUACAGUAAAAAUUGUACAAUCAUGAAGCACUGUUUCCCAAGUUUGAAGCUACCCGUACAAGGUGUACUUUGCGUGGUUGGCGGAUUUCUACUCUUUCUCAGUUUUGCAUCUGACUUCAGUUAUAGUAAUCUCAACACAUAUAUAACAUCAUAUGCAAGAUCAUCAGGGUAUGAAGAGAAUGGAGAAUAUAUAAAAUAUAAUCCUGAACUUACAUAUGCAGACUUUGUUUUUGUUACCACAACCAAGGUCUUGCUGCAAGGAUUUUGCAUGCCUUUCCUUGGAGUUGUUGCAAGAAAAAUAGGGGUCAGACCUUCAAUUCUAGUUGGUUCAUUCAUUUACAGUGCUGGAUUUCUGUUGACCAGUGUCACCAUUAAAAACAAAUUUUCAUUGGUUGUCCUGACAAUGGCAAUGCAUGGUAUUGGAUUCUGUUUUGUUUAUGCGACAGCUAUUGGAGCAGCGCAGAAGUGGUUUCCACGUUCAAUGAAGGGUUUGGUGAGCAGUCUGGUUUUAUCAGGGUAUGGGUUCGGAUCUCUUAUCUGGAUCCCGGUCCAGACUAGUUUUGUCAACCCGGAUAAUAUCAAGGCAACAGUGGAUGAGAAAUGUACAUUCAAUGGAACCCAAGAGAGCAAAUGCGACAAAUACUUCACUGAUCCUGAAGUUCUGGAGAAUAUUCCGAACAUGUUUCUCCUGCUCGGAGGUGUAUUCGGAGCUCUCGGUAUCAUCGCAACCAUCCUUAUCUCCGAACCCAACCAGAGUAAGGAGGACCAGGACGAGAUGUCAAGUAUCCAGGAUAAAACUUCCACUGAUCAGAUGACCCAGACCUUCAGUCUAACCCCGAUACAAGUUCUCAGAACUAGAACAUUCUACCAGACCUGGAUGGGAUUCUUUAAUAUAACUCUGACAAGUGGAAUUAUUUCAAACUAUUCGAAAACCUUUGGACUCACAUUUAUCAACGACGACCAUUAUUUUGCUCUGAUCGGUGUCAUCAGCAAUGUUUUUAAUGGUCUCUGCCGAAUAUUUUGGGGAUUCCUUUACGAUAGACUUGGAUUUCGAGGUUGCUACAUGUGUUUAGCUACAAUUGUAACAAUAACAACUGCACUAUUCCCCUUUCUUCCAUAUUUAGAUGCCGACAGUAUGGCCGCCAAGGGCUGCUACGGAACAUGUAUGGCUGUUUUAUUUGCUGCAUUCCCUGGGAUCUAUCCAAUUAUUGCUCCAGCGAUCAAUGAUGGUUUCGGCCCCGAUCAUUAUCAGGCAAACUUUGGACUAAUGUUUACUCAGUCAAUAGCCUACGCUGGUUUCAUCUUUGUACUGACUAAGAUCAGUGUUGUAUAUGCAUUCCUGGGAUAUUCUGGUAUGUUUGUGGUUGCUGCAGUUAUAGGAGUUCUGGGUCUAGUAACAGUGUUCUUUCUACCUAAACAUCUUUCAUCUGAAGCAUACAGGAGCAAGUUCAGUUGAGGAGGAUGAUGUAUUGUAAAGAGGGUCCUAUAAAAGUAUGGAACAUGAAGACGAAUUUAUACCCGAGAUUUUGAAACAGACCAAUCGGACACUUUAGACAAACCGAAUUCACUUCAUAAUCUGAUUCAGCACUUUUUGCUUUAACCCUAUUUCGACUGUCGUCUAGUUUACGCAAAAUAGACUUUAUCCUUAUUUUGAAAUAAAUCUAUAACAUAUGA